UUUGCUGAUGUGUGAGCAGCACUCACUUGCAGUUACAGUACUGUGCUUUCAUACCCCGAGAAGAAGAGCUGAAUAAAUUUAAUAGAAGAUAUGUCUUCUCCUCCAAAAGAGAAGUCGGACACGAAAGCUGGCCACGCUCCUGCUGUUAAAGCUGGAGGGAUGAGAAUUGUGCAGAAACAUCCACACACUCACGUAGAAACCAAGGAGGAGAAAGAAAGCAAUGAGGAAAAUUGGGAAAGUGGCAUUGUUCCACCUAAACCACCUUUGAUAAUCUCUGGAGCUGUCACAAGGGGUGACAAGGACUUCCCCCCAGCUGCUGCUCAAGUAGCUCAUCAGAAACCUCAUGCUUCGGUGGAAAAGUUACCUGGCACACACCAGAUCACUCAUAAUAUCCAUCAACCCCGCAAGUGAAAAGACAACCUUGGAAAAAGCCACAGCACAUUCACCAUGUUUUGUGAAAUAGGAUGUGAUCUCUUCUCUGGCCUAAAAUAGUGAUUUAAAUAUAUAUAUAGUAUAUUCAAAUCCUUCACACCUAUAUGUGUUGUGCAAACAAGUAUUACACCCAUUUUAUGAACCUUGCAUUAUGAGGUUUGUGUAUUAAAGGGACAUUAUACGCAAAAAAAAAAAUACAAUAAAUCAUGCAUAUGAAAAAGCAGCACUUUUUCCCAACUAAAGGUUUUUAAAUUGAAACUAAUACAGCAGUCAUAGUUGUAUACUUCCUACUAAUGCUGAUUUAUACUUUUUGCUGAUGUUCAUUGAGUAUAACAUUUUAACUGAUAUUUCUGUAUUAGUUCAAUUUAAAUUGUAGUUUUUAGGGCUUUUUUUCUGGCAAAAGCAACAAAAAAUAUUUAAAUGCUGUUCUUUUCAUAUGGAUGCUAAAUACUAUUUGAGUACAAAAUCCAUUAAGCAAAUUCCCACAGAUUGGUGCACAUGUUAGUAUUUUAGGUUUAUUUACAUAAUUCCAACUGAUGUAAUUUAUUUGAUUAUUUCUGUUAAACCCCUAAAACAAAAUGCUAACAAGCCAAUAAAGAUACAGAUUACCUUGAA